AUGGCUUCAUUAGUGGAUCUUGUCAAGGGCUUGAAUGCCGCAUUUAUCAGCGGUGACAACACAAGUUGCCAAAAGCUUCUUACACCCAUAAAGAUUGAGUUGAUCAAGACCAAUCUGCUUGUGCCAGACCUGGGCAAGGCUCAGAGUAAUGAAAGCUAUUUGAACGAUUUGGAAAGUGCACAGAGAAUAUUGGAGAUUGGAGCACUAUGCAGCGUGAGAAACAGAGAUUUCGAGUCAUUCCAAAACUUGUUCUCACAGCUAAGGGUAUAUUAUUUCAGCAACAUUGCAAGAUUGGAAGAGUCGGAAAACAAGUCAAAGCUGAUCAGUCUCUACUUGCUGAUUCUGCUGUCACAAGGAGAUGUGACCAAGUUCCACUCCGAGCUAGAGUUCUUGGGCAAAAGACUGGACAAUGUCGAAGAAGAUGCAUUUCUAUCGUACCCUAUAAAAGUCGAAAAGUGGCUGAUGGAAGGCUCGUAUCAGAGGGCUUGGGACCUUUUGAAGGGGGAGUCCAAGAUUGAUGAGUUCAACAUCUUCACGCAGACGCUCAUGGACGCUAUCAGAGAAGAAAUAGGCCGCAACACGGAACUGGCAUACAAGAGGCUUCCGCUUUUUAACACCAAGGCGCUACUAUUCUUCAAUAGCGAAAAGGACACAGAGCAAUUCGCGCUCAGUCGGGGCUGGAAAGUCGUUUCUGGCACCGUUAUUUUCGACGAAGAAGAAGCUUUGGAAAAACAGCAUCACAUUACCAUAGUCGAAAAGACCCUAGACUAUGCUAUUAACUUAGAGAGCAUUGUGUAG